CGAGCGCCUGGAGGCUCGCGGUGAUCACCGGCCGCCGGCAGGGGCGCCCGGCCAGGAUGCCCAAGCGCGUCCUGGGCGCCGGCGGGCCGCCGCUGGAACGUCGCCACCGGCGGCGUCAUGACCGCGGAGGCCGCCAGCCAGGCGCCGGCGCCGCGGCCUGCACCCGGCGGGCCCAAGGGCCGGCAGCGGACGCUGACAGAGGCCGACGUCCACGCCUCGCUGAACUCGAGGUUGCGCUCCAAGCGGGCGAAGCCGCCCGUGGACCCCGACGAGGUAGGGGGCCCCUAGUAGGGGGCGCGAGCGAGGAGGGACUCGCCGGCUGGCAAGAGAUGCCAACCUCGACCCGACGCGGGGCGCCACGCACCUGGAGCAGAAGAGCGCGACGCCGAGGGUGAUGGACGACUACAAGCGACGCGCGCGGCUCGCGUUGAGCUUCGCGCAGCGGCGCCGCCUCCAGGCCCGGUCUCAGACGGACGUGGACCAGCUGUUGACGCACUUCAUGAACGUAAAGUACCGCGACGGCGAGCACAGCAGCUACGGCGGCAAGCCUCUCGCCGGCUGGAUGGCCGUCUGCCCGGAGUGCGGCAAGUGCGGGAAUUUCAAGCUGCCGCGGGCGGGUCGCGCUCUGAAAGGGUGGCGGCGCCUGGUGCCGGGGCGGUGUCGGAAGCCGUGCCCGUUCCCGCUGGUGGCGGCCCUGGUCGUCGCGCUGAUCCACCUGAACGAGCUGGAGGUCGGGCUGUGGGUGAUCGUCGCCUUCGGCUUCUACCUCGGGCCGUGCGAGUGCCUGAGGAUCCAGGCGGAGGACCUGAUCGCACCCGUCACGGGGGUCUCGAGCCACUGGGGGCUGCUGGUCGCGCCGGAGGAGCGCGGGGUGGCGACCAAGGUCGGGGCCUUCGACGUCAGUCUGCUGUGGGAUGCCCCGUACCUGUCUUUCAUGAACGGCGUGUUUCAGGUGCUCCGCUCGCGGCCGGAGGGGCAGCCCCUGUGGGCCCUGGACUACCCGCGCGUGCUGGAGGCAUUCAAGCGGGCGUCCAUGCUGAUCGGGGCCGACGUGGUGCCGUGCCACAUGAGGCACUCCGGUCCGAGUUGGGAGCGGCUCAAGGGGGUGGGGGCGCUGCAGCAGAUCCAGAAGAGAGGCCGCUGGGCCUCGGUCAAGAGCCUAGUGCGGCACGAGAAGCAUGGCAGGCUGGCGACGCAGAUGGCCGAGCACUCCGCCGCCAAGCAGCGCUGGCUGCUGGCCUGCGAGCGACGCGUCGGGGAGUACGUCCUCGGCUCCAGAGUCGCCGACUGGCCGCCGCCACAGCGAAGGAGGGCGUGUUUCUGGACCUGUUCUCCGGCAGCGGGGGCGUGGCCAGGGCCGUCCGCUCGGAGGGCUUCCAGGCCGUCGAGUGGGAUCUAACAUUCGAUGAAGAUUAUGACCUGCCAAGAAGAAAACACGUAGCGAGACUCAAACGGAUGAUUCGCGAUGGAGAAGUGAUGGGGGCCUGUUUGGCCCCGCCCUGUUCGUCUUUCUCGAUUGUCCGAAAUAGGACAAUGAUGAUUCGUAGCAGCAGUCGCCCGUGGGGCCUCCCUGGGCUGCCAGAGCAUGCGCAGCUAAAGGUGUCUGAGGGAAACUCGUGCCUGCGUGCCGCGCUAGAGCUAGUCAGAUGUCUGAAUCGGUUUCGGGUGCCCUGGGCCUGGGAGAACCCCCUAUCACUAGUCGAAUGUGGCAGACUCCCCAGGCCCAGAGAAUAAUGCGCCUCUCCUGUGUAGAUGAGAUCGUCUGCGAUUCUUGCAUGAUGGGAACCCCUUGGAGGAAAAGGACCCGGUUUUUGUUCGGGAGCGCUUGCCCGCAGGACUUAGAAAAGCU